ACCGCCUUUUAUCGAUGAUUUUGCCGAUCACCGACUUUUGAACUGGUGAAGUGUGGAGUGGAGUGAAAGAUCAUAAAUUUGAAGAGCAGGAUAUGGGAUACAUGCAAACUCUCAUUCUUUAAAUUUCAAACUUCACUUUGCCAAAGGUGUCUACUUGCGACAAACUUCACCAUCUCCUUUCCCCAAAUAAGCUUAGGGACUUCUCAGAUAUGAAGGCAUAAUCUAUCUUCUAUUCAUAGUUUCUGAUGGACGGACUAUCUGGAAACAUCAUUCGAAUCUAAAGACCACGUCAUGCUAGAGAACCUUCUAACAUUGGCCACAAUAAUUUCUACCAUAUUUACAGUUAUCCUCUUCUUAAUACCGAAACGAUAUAUCAAACAUUCACCCCCAAUGGCUACUCGAAACGGUGAAAAUGUCGAGCCUAAGAUUUCAGUUCAGGUUUUGGUUUUGGGAGACAUUGGACGAAGUCCUCGGAUGCAAUAUCAUGCUAUGAGUAUAGCAAAACAUGGUGGAAGAGUCGACCUGAUUGGAUAUCAAGGUAUGCAAGCUUGGUAAUGAGUUUCAUUGCAAACUGUGCUAACCAUUGUGCAGAGUCCGAGCUACCUUCUGGCUUGACUGAUAAUCCUCUGAUCACAAUUGUACCUUUACCUUUACCACCAACCAUCUUACGAGAUGGCAGUAUGCCCUUCUUCCUCGCCGGCCCUUGCAAGGUCUUAUGGCAGAUAUGGACUUUGUUUGUAGCUUUAUGUUAUACUACAAAACCAGCAAGAUGGCUUCUAGUUCAGGUAGGGUGCCCGACUCCCUCGUCCACUGCUUGUCUAACAUUCAUAGAACCCUCCUUCAAUUCCUACCUUUUUUGUCGCAUACCUCGUUUGCAUUGUACGAAAUACUCAUUUAAUAAUUGAUUGGCAUAAUUACGGAUGGACUAUACUUGCAGGAACCAGAGGCUCUAAACACAUCUUCGUUCGACUUUACAAAUGGUAUGAAGCUUUCUUGGGAUCAUGGGCACCAACAGUUUCAUUCACAGUUUCGAAAGCCAUGGAGCGCCAAUUACGCGAUAGUCCAUAUAAGAUAAAGUCACCCAUAUUCACUCUUCACGAUCGACCUGCAUCCAUUUUCCAACCUAUCACCGAUCAAGAAAAACGGCGUGCUUUCCUUCAACGAUUACCUGAAACGAAAGACCAUGUUGAUUCUAUCAUGAGCGGAGAUUUACGAUUGCUAGUUAGCAGUACAUCGUGGACACCUGAUGAGGAUUUUAACCUUCUACUGGAUGCGCUUGUUAAAUAUGGACCAUUUGCUGAAUUUGAUUGUCCACCAAUUCUUGCCAUCAUUACAGGAAAAGGACCACAGAAACAGAUGUAUCUUGACCGAAUUGCAGAGCUCACCGAAAGUUAUGAUCUAGUUAAUGUUACGAUCAAAACCGCAUGGCUUGGCAUUGAAGAUUAUGCCUCGCUACUUGCAUGUGCAGAUCUGGGAGUAUGUUUACACAAGAGUAGUAGUGGUGUAGAUUUACCCAUGAAGGUGGUAGAUAUGUUUGGAGCGGGAUUACCAGUAGUUGGAUAUGAUCAAUACUUUAGUUGGCCUGAAUUGGUCAAGGAAGGCAUUAAUGGAUGGGGAUUUACAACAGCGGAUGAUCUUGCAGAUAUUUUGGAGGAAGUCUUUAAGGAUACAAGUGGCAAGGAGUUAGCGAGGUUAAAGAAGGGGGCUAUAGAAGAGGGAAGAAAGAGAUGGGAUGAAGAAUGGGAUGGGGUUGCAGGAAGACUUUUAGGAUUGAUUGAUUAAACAAAGGUGGACGAUAGAGUUGUAAAUAAUGUGCAAAAUAUUAGAUUAUAGACAAUAUCAUC